AUGGUCGAGCGGCGCGAAAGCAAUGAUCCGCUCUUCACGGCCAGAUACCUCGCCCCUGCAUUCAUAAAGCGCUGGCGCCAGUCGACGGCAACAACGCGCUCUGGAAGCACUGUCGACUCUGGCUCCAGCGAGCGCGGGUUCCAGAAGAUUUCCGGUAGAAAGCUUCCUCCCGUCUUCACACAUGGUGGAGACGGAUAUGGGGCGCGGACAACCGGGCCAAGUGGAUCACCCUCCUUCUAUGCUCCUCCACCAACCUCGCCAUAUGGCGUGCCCCUGGACUCAAACUACACCCGCGAGGUCGAGGAACACACCCCACCGACACGGCCCAAACUUCCGCACCUCCCUGUCUCUAAUACGGUCAACGUUUCCACUCCGAUCACUGUCACACCGGCUCACCCCGUUGCGCAACCCCAGAGUGCAGUGCCGUUCCUGCCAUCGCGGCCGGAUGGGCUCGGCCGCAGUCUUCAUAGUUUCGACGGGAGUCGAAGCAGUCGCUUUACUGAGGUCAUUGAUCAGUAA